UUUUUAUGUUUUAUGUGUCCUAUGAUGAUAUACUAAUUAUAACAUACAAGAAUAUAAUUUUGUACAUUCAUUACACACAUGUAACUUUUGUAAAGUGUAUUAAUUUAUAGAUUAGAAUUAUACCUUAAGGUACAUGAAUCAAUGUAUAGAGUUUUUAGAAACAUUUUCUUAGGUCAUAAAUAUACUGCAGCUUUUUUGCGCAGGUAUUCAAAAAUCACCAUGCAUAGUAAUGUAGUAAUGAAAGAGUUUGGUUCCAAAUUCAAAAUUCAAGUACUUCCAGCUCUUUCUGAUAAUUUUAUGUAUUUAUUAAUUGAUAAUACUACAAAAGAAGCUGCUAUAGUCGAUCCUGUUGCUCCUAAUACUGUAUGGGAAGCAGUCAAAAAUGAAAAUGUCAAACUGACUACAGUUUUAACUACACACCAUCAUUGGGAUCAUGCUGGCGGAAAUAAGGAGUUGAUCACUAGUAAUAGUGGUAGUCCAUUAAAUGUAAUAGGAGGAGAUAAUAGGAUUGAUGGUUUAACAACAAUUAUUGAUAAAUCAGGAAUAGAAUUAAAAAUGGGAUCAUUAAAUAUUAAAUGUUUACGAACACCCUGCCACACUUCAGGUCAUGUAUGUUAUUAUGUAUACACAAAUGAAGCUAGUGUAGUGUUUACAGGUGACACUUUAUUUUUAGGUGGUUGUGGAAGAUUUUUCGAAGGUACUGCACAACAAAUGUAUGAAGCAUUAAUCAAAAUACUAUCACAACUACCAGAUAAUACAGCUGUAUUUUGUGGACAUGAAUAUGCUAUUCAAAAUCUUAAAUUUAGUAAACAUGUUGAACCAAAUAAUGUACAUCUGUUAUCUCUUCUAAAAGAAAUUGAGAUUAAAAGAAAAAUGAAUGAACCAAGUGUGCCUUCAACUAUAGGCUUGGAAAAAUUGAUAAAUCCUUUUAUGAGAGUAGAUGAAGAGUCAAUACAAAAAGUUACUGGUACUAUUGGUGAUUCAAUUGAAACCAUGAAAAUUCUAAGAGAAAUGAAAAAUGAUUUCAAAGAAUGAAAAUAUUUUCACAAAUCAAAUAUGUUACAUAUUUACAAUUUAUAUAAUUGA